AUGGAAGAGAAACGCGUAGCAGACUAUUUUGUUGUGCCGGGGCUACCUGAUAAUCCAGAGCUACUAGAUGAUAGUAUUUUUAGUGAAUCGGGACAUUUUAAAAGCAGUAUUAGCUCAGCACCUAUCACAGAUAUUGCUGUGGUGUUCCCUACACUGGGAGAGACUGUGCCGGAGGAUUAUAUACACUUGGAAUACACGCCUUCUGGAUUGCCUGCGGAUUUGAAUCAUGGAUCUGUACGGUCUCCUGAGGUCUAUCUCUGCUAUCGGAGGGGAAGAGAUAAACCACCUCUUGUCGAUAUCGGUGUGAUGUACGAAGGAAAAGAGCGCCUAAUGCAAGACGCAGAAGUGAUCCUAACCUCUCUCGGAGGCAGAGUGGCAAAUGUAAAUAAUUCAACAUCAAAAACCUUCAUAACCUUUCGAAGAGCCUCAAAAGAUGCUUGCUGCAACAGUUUGGUUGUGACGGAUCUGUGUGUUGUUAUCCAGAGUAAAGGGGAAUAUCCGCCUCAUGCAUUCUGCUUGAUUAAUAAAAAUCUCAAUAAGGGAAUGAUGGGAAGCGAUGUUUUCUUGUGUUAUAAGAAAUCGAUGAAUAGGCCGAGUCUGAUAAGUUAUAAACCAGCAGUAUUAACAAGGUGGUUUUUAGACGAUGAUUAG